AUGGAAGAUUGCUAUAAUGUUAUUAAUACGCCAUUUGAAGUGGCUUCAAAAAAACGAAAAAAAGGCUCAAGAAAAAUACGAAGAAAAAGUAGAAUAAAACUAAUGCUUGAUGAUGAUUAUAGUUCAGAUUUUAGUGUUACAAUAAUUGGUGAACCAGAUCAUACCGAAGUUUUUGAGGUUGAAAAAAUUAUUAUGGCAAGAUAUAAAUUAGAUUCGAAAAAAAAAAAAAAAAAAAGUGAUAAUUUAGAUAAUUUUGAAUUUUUAAUAAAAUGGAAAAAUUAUGAUAGUGAUGAUAAUACAUGGGAGCCUUUUGAAAAUUUAAGUGUAAAUUUAAAAGGAGAAGCAAGAAGAGCUGCUUUAAAAUUAACUGAAGAAUUAAAAACAUUAAAAAUAGAUAAUUCAAUAAAUAGUAAUGAUCAAAAUAUAGAAAAUGAGGUCAAUCAAAUACCUAACAAAUUAAUAAAUAAUAUAUCAUAUGGUAUGCAUAUUAAUAGUAACAUGACUAGAUUAGAACAAUCUGUUGAUUCUAAUUUAACUCCUGAUACUAAUUCAGAAACAAUAUAUAACAGUAAUUUAUAUAAUCGAUUUAAUAUAAAUGUUAAUAAACAAAAAAAAAAUGAAAGCAAUGAUGAUAGUAGUGUAUGUUAUAAUAAUAUUUAUAACAUAAAUAAAUUCACAACAGAUGAAAAUGAUGAUAUAUCACAAAAAAGUGAUAGUAAUACUUAUGAUAAAAAACGAAGACAUUUAAAAAGCAUAAUCUCUGUAUCUAACAAAUUAAAUAAAAACAAAAUUCCAAACUUUGAAAAUAAAAAUAAUGUAUUAAAUUCUUUAGAUAAUAAUUAUUAUAUUAGAAAAAAUCGAAAAUCAGAAAAUAUAAACAUUUGUAAUAACACUAAUGAAGAAGAUGAUACAAUCAAGCGUCAUUAUUCGCUAGAUGAUUAUUAUAUACAUAGUAAUAAUAAUAAAAAUGAUUUUUUUGAUGAUUAUAAAAAUUAUAAAACGAAAAAUAAAAAGAUCUUACACCAUGAUCGUUAUUUGAAAAAUAACUAUCCAAGUGAAGAUGAAAAUUAUAAUCAAAAUUCUUUAAAUUUUUCCGAUUAUACUUAUAAAGAAAAAUAUUUCAAUGUUCCCUCAAAAAAUAAUGUUACUUGGGAAAUAAAAGAAAAUAAUAAAAUGAAAGAUCCCAACUCACUAUCUACUAGAAAGAAGCAUAAAAGGAGUGCCAAUAAAAUUGCUACUAAUAUUGUGGACAAUUCUAGUGACCCUCAAAAAAAAAAAGUAUAUAAUGUAAAUAGUAAUAUAAAUAAUAAUGUGAGUAGCAAUGUGAGUAGCAAUGUGAGCAGUAAUAUGAGCAGCAAUGUUAGUAGCAAUGUUAGUAGCAAUGUUAGUAUUAAUAGUUUCAUCGAAAAUAAUCAUGAUUCCGGUAUGUGCAAUAGCAAUAUUCGAAAAACAAUCGGUACUGGACGUCGAAGUAAAAAUAAACAAAAUAAUGAUAUAAACAUUAAGAAAAAUAUUCCAAUAAAUAAUAAUGAUUCAAAUUUAUCUAAAUGUAAUCAUAAAAACAAGUUAAACAAUUUAAAUAAAACAGAUAUAAAAAAUAAUAACGAAAAAUUUAUCCAUGAAAAUGUAUUAGACAAUAAAAAGUACAAAUCUUCAAAAUGUUUUGAAUUGAUUCGCAUGAAUAAAGAUAUGCUUAAUAAGUUUGCUCAUGAAGAAAAAAUACCUGAAUCAUUAUUAAAAAACAUGGAACAUAUUUUUAAUAAAUUUAUUGAAUUAGAUGAAGAAAAUAAACAAUGUAAUAAUUCUAUUUCAACCGUAAAUUCCUAUAAAAAUUCAGAAUUAUCUACUUCUGAAAAAUAUAGGAAUAAUAUUAGAAAUGUUGAAAAAUUGUAUAUUAAUAAUUGUUAUUCUAAAAAAAGUGAUAAUAAUAAAACAAAAAAUUCAUAUAUUUAUGCUAAUAAUAAAUUAAAUAAAGAAAACGAAAAUAUUUCAAAGGAAAAAAAUGAAUCAUCAUUACCCCAUUUAAACACAGACACAGCUCAAAAUAGUGACAUUAAUAGUGAGCAUGCAGGAAUUUAUAAAAAUAGCCAAAAUAUUUGUGAUAAAAGAAUUAAUGAUAUUUCAACAUAUGAAGAUAAUACACAUGAAUUGAAACAAACUAAUAUUGGAUUUACUUGUGAAUUUAAUAAAGAAAUAAACAAGGUAAAUAAUAUUAACAAACUUUCAACUGGUAUAAAUAAUCAUUAUAAUCUUAAUCAGAUACCUCUCAAAAUACCAACUGAGAUAAAACAUGUUCAUAGUGUAAAUAGUGUACACAGCGUACAUAGUGUACACAGUAUACAUAGUAUACAUAGUGUGAGAAAUGGAAAUUUUAAAGACGAUAAUUAUAGCACAUCUAACACAAAUGUAACAGUUGCUAAUUCAAUUAGUAAUAUCAAUAAAUCGAUCAAUACUAGCAAUAAUAAUAAUAAUAAUAAUAAUAUAUUAUAUAUGGAAGAAAAAUACAAUCAUAGCAAUUCAUGCAAUGAGAAUACGAAUUAUAUAAAUGUAAACAAUAAUAAGAAAAAAAAUUUAAAUAAAAAUAAAUCAGUUUCCGAAUCAUCAUCUUUUUCAAAUAAUUUAAAAAACAAAUAUAUAUUUAAAAAUAAUAUAAAAAAAAAUUCACCAAAUUUUAUUGACAAAUAUAAUAAUAUAUUAAAAAAUAUCCAUAAGUUAAAUAACAAUAAUGUAGAUAAAGCAAGUGAUGGUUUUAAUUCAUUAUCAUCUGUCAAUGAAAUGAUUAAUAAAAAUAUAUAUGACCAUGAUGAAAAAAAUUCCUAUAUAAAUAGAAAUUUUAGUGUUGAAGAUUAUAUGAAUGGAAAUCAUAUUGAAAAUAGUAGAAAUAGUAGAAAUAAUAAUGAUAACAACUUUCCUUUAAAUUUAAAUCAUGGUAAAUGUGAAAAUGGUGCAUAUGAAAAUAUAAGCCCAGAAAAUCGUUUCAUACGAAAUAUUAGCAAAUUAAUAGAUAGAAAUAAUGAUAAAUGUGAUUAUUAUAUUGAUCUUUUAGAAAAUGUUUUGUGUCUUUUAAAGGAAAAACGAAUGAAUAUCCAAUCGUAUAAUACUAAUAACAGUACUCCAAAUAUUAUGAACAUUACUCCAAAUUUUAUGAACAUCACUCCAAAAUUCGAUAUAAAUAAGCAACCUAACUAUCCCAAUUAUAAUAACUAUAAUGAAGAUAGUAAUUAUAUUAAAAAUAAUUGUUAUGAUUAUUCUAAUGAAAAUAAUCCUUUGAAUCAAAAAAUAAAUCUAAGCAAAAAUAAAUCAGGGUUUGAUUUCGAACAAAAACAAAUUCCUAAUAAUUUUAUCCAUAAAAAAAAUAAUAAUUUAACCGAAUUCUACCAACAUUCACAAUUAUAUAAUAAUAAAAAUAGUUAUGAACAUUUUAGUAAUGAACAAAGUAAUAGUAAAAAAAAAAAUAUACGAAAACCAUCACAGAAUAAUAAUUGCAAUACUGAUAUUAGCAAUGAAUAUAUAAACAACUACAAUCCAAAAGAUCUCAAAAAUAAUAAUAAUAAACUAAAUUACAUAAAAAAAACUGACAAUAACACAAAUAAUGAUAUAUCUAUGCCUAAUAUUAUAAACAAAAAAUAUAGUGAUAAAAAACGAAAAAUAGAAAUAAAAAAUAUAUCUGCAAUUAUUUCAAAAAUUUGCAAAAAUAAUAAAGAAAUUAUAGAAGAAAAUGAUGAACAAAAUUGGAAAAAUAAUAAAAAAAAUGUUAGAAAAAUAAGAAAAAAAUUAAAUGUAGAUAAAAUGAUAAAUACAAAUGAUUCAAAUAAUGACCAAAAUGUUAGUUCCCAAAAUAAUACUUUGGAUAAAGAAAAUUCUGAACAAGACGAAAAAAAUAGAUAUACAAUUUUGCAUUCAUUAGAUAUAAAUAUUAUUAAAGAAAAUUAUAUGAAAAAAUAUUCUGAAUAUGUUGAAUCUAUUAAUAAGCUUGCUUUAAGUAAUAUAGAUGCACUUAUAAAAAAUAUAAAUAUAAUAAAUUUUUAUAAUAGAAAAACGGAAAAUAAUAUUAAUUUUAUUAAAGGAAAAUUACAAAUCCAUCUAAUAGAAUCAUAUACAAAUAUAUUAUUAUAUUUUGAUAUAUUUAAUGAUUUUAAAAAUUAUAAUUUUAUUUAUAAAAAUUGUGAAUUUCUUAAUACUUUAUUAGAUCAUUUUUGGGAAAAUAUAUCAGAAAAUAAAAAUCAUAAUAUUGAUACUUCAACAAAUGAACUAUCAAAAAAUAUAAUCUUAUUCAGUGAAAUAUAUAAAUUAAAUCAAAAACUAAAUGAAUUUUUUAAAGAGCAAUUUUUACUCUUAAAUUUGAAACCAAAACUUUUAUAUUUCCCAUCACCGAAUUAUUUUAUGUGUUUCUAUGUUCACCUUAGCUCUAAAACCGAUUAUAAUAAUCCGUAUGAAGAUGAAGAAGAUUGUGCUACUACUCGGGCCAGUAGUCAUAGCAAACACACCAAUCCAAGCAAAGAACGUGGCGAAAAUUUGAAUGAUAUCCGUGAUAAAAAUAAAAAUAAGAUCCCUGAUGAUUCUUGUAAAGAUCUUAUUGGAAACAAACACGGUAUUACUCAUACUCAAAUUAAUCCCUAUUUUAUAGAUGGCUCCAAUAAAAAAAUUAAAAAUGAUAAUAUAAAAUAUAACAAUGGUAAUUAUAUUACCAGACAAAAUGAAGAAGAUAACAAAUCUGAAUAUAAUUCGAUUAUUACAAAUGAUUCAUUUUCUGCUAAUUGCAAUGAUGUGAUUACAGACAAUGAACUUGAUAAUACUUUAGAUCAUGUUGUUAUAUCCGAAAAUUGUUGUAGCAAUAGUAAUAAAAAACCUAACAACGAAUCAAAAAAUAUAUAUCAUGGUAAUUAUACGAUGGAAGUAACACAUCAUGUCGUAGCAUGUGACGAAAUGAAACAGACAAAAUAUAAGGAUACAAAGUUUCAAUCCAAAUAUCACGAUUCACAAUUUAACAAAUUCGAAUACAAAACUGAUGCAUGCAAAAAUGAUAACUUUAAAGCCCACAAAGGCUAUUUAAAACACAAUUUAAAUAAUAAUAAUAAUAGAAAAUCGAUUUUUAAUAGUUACAUUUUAUGUGGUAAUGAUUCUAAUAAAAACAAGUUACCAUUAAAUGAAGACGUGAAAAGAGAUGAUUGCAAAAUAAUAGAAGAAAGUAAUGAUUCACUAAAAGCUGAAGAUUUUAUGCAAAAUAGCAGAAUUCAUGAAAAUAAUUCAAAUGCAAAUAAACCAAAUUGCAUCCCAAAUUCUCAGAUAAAAUUUUGCAUAAAUACAGAUCAUGGAAAUAACAAAUCUAAUAUUAUUAAUAAUGAAAAAAUAGAUUCUGAAAAAUCUGUCAUUUUCAAAGACAGUCAAAACAACUUAAAUGACAACAUAUUGCAUUUAACUAAUUCUGGAAAAGGCAUUUCAUAUCAUGAUAUAUCUUUCAUGAGUGCUAAUGAACAAAGUGAUCAGGAUGAAAAUAAUAAUGACGAUAAUGAUACAGAAAAUGCGGUAAGCCCUUUUGACGGAACAAAAAUGAAACUAUACGAUAGUGUCCAGACAUCCAAUGAUUUUCAAAAUUCCCAAAAAGAAGAGGAAAUUUAUUUAUGCAAGGGAAAAAAUGAGUCGAUAUAUGAAAAUGAUAAUACAAAUAAUGUAAAAAAUGAAUAUGAGAGUGUUGAAAAUAUGGAUAAUAUUAAUGCCAAUUUUAAUAAAAGCGAUUUUACUGAUAGUAAUAAUAAUAAUAUGGAUAAACCUUCUAAUGUUAAACCAAACAAUUCUAAUAAAAAUAUUCGUAUUAAUCUUAAUAUUCAAUCUUUAUACGAUGCGUAUGUUAACCUAAAUGAUAGCUCCAAAAAUAAUAACAAUUAUUAUGAUGGUUAUCUCCCACGUUCUAGUGCUUAUAAUAAAUAUACAGAUGAUAAAAAAAAUGUAAACAAUAACAUAUUGAAGGAGGAUAUAAAAAAUGUUCUUUAUAAUUAG